AUGGCACUGCCGGCGAAGCGGAAGCCGCUCGAGAACGUGACGGUGGAGGACGCCGAUACCCUCGACUGCGGCAUCUGCUAUCGCCCUCUCAAGCCGCCAGUCUUCCAGUGCGCCGUCGGCCACUCCAUAUGCUCGCGGUGCCGCGACAAGCUGGUGGCUGCGGGGCGGAGCCUGCAGUGCCACGUGUGCCGCGUCCCACUGAUCGGCGGCUAUCAGCGGUGCAUCGCCCUGGAGAAGGUGCUGGACUCCAUCCGUUUGCCGUGCGAGAACGCCGCCCACGGCUGCGACGUCAGGCCGGCGCACUACGACCACGGCGAGCACGCAAGGGAGUGCCCCCACAAGCCGUGCUACUGCCCGGCGGACGCGUGCGGCUUCGCCGGCUCCACGGCGGCGCUACUGGGCCACAUGGCGGCCGCGCACGGGUGGCCGUGCACGACGGACACCCGGCCGUGGGUGUGCGUCAAGGUGAACCUCCGCGACGGCUUCAACGCCGUCUCCGUCCACGCCAGCGGGCAGCAGCACCUGUUCCUGCUGAAUGUGGCGCGGAGCCCGUUCGGGCGCGCGAUCUCCGUCUCGUGCGUGCAUCCUCAUCAGACCGUGGGGUUCGAGGUGCGGCUCAAGUACUCUCGCAACGAAAACGCCCAUGCCGGCGGCGUCUGCCGCGGGCAUAGCCAGCAGAGUCAGUUCACCGUGGCGUGCACUGACCUCUCCGGUGGGCCGCCCAGCUCCGACGAGUCCUUCCAGUUCUUCCUGCCCAAGUGCGUUCAUCCGGAUUUCAUCCGGACUAUCGCUGCCACUUUCGAAGUUCUGCAUGUCACCAUUAGUGUAUGA